UUUCCAGAAGAACAAAGAAGAAGUAAAUCAAACCACAUUGACAGAGUUCAUCCUUGCUGGGUUAAGUGAGAACCAAGAGCUCCAGUUGCCCCUAUUCUUCAUCUUCCUAGGAAUCUAUUUGGUUACAGUUGUAGGAAACCUGGGCAUGAUCAUCUUGAUUCUGUUUAGUUCUCAGCGGCACACACCCAUGUAUUAUUUACUCAGCAGUCUGUCCUUUAUUAACUGCUGUCAGCCCACUGUCAUUACUCCCAAAAUGCUGGUGAACUUUGUGACUGGGAAGAAUGUCAUCUCCUACACCAAAUGCAUUGCUAAGUUCUACUUCUUUGCUUUUGUUGUUGCAGAAUGUCACCUGUUGGCUGCAACAGCAUAUGAUUGCUAUGUGGCUACAGUAAUACUUUAUGUAAUCAUAUCCCCUCAAAUACAUUUAUGGAUGGCAGCUGGGGUAUAUGAUAUGGUAAGUGCCACUGCUCACACUGUCUUCCCAAUAAGAUUGCUUUUCUAUAAGGCUAUAUAAGAAACCUUUUACUUCUUUGAUAUUUCCCCAUUACUGAAGCUCUAUUGCUGUAAUUUUGCAAAUGAUUUACUAGAACUGUCCUGUGUAUUUAAAAUUGUUUUACCAGGUAUGAACAUCCUUUGUUCUUACAUCUUCAUCAUUGUCAGCAUCCUUCACAUUCAAUCCUCUGUGGGUAGAUCCAGCACCUGCAACUCCCACAUUUUGACUGUUUCUGCCUUCUUUGGUUCUACUGCUUUCAUUUCUGCUGCGUUCAUGUACUUGCAGCCAUCAUCAGUGAAUUCAAUGGACCAAGGAAAAGUGUCAUCUGUGUUUUAUACUACUGUGGUUCCCAUGCUGAACCCCUUGAUCUACAGCCUGAGGAAUAAGGAUGUCAGUACUGCCCGGAGGAAAAUAUGUCAAAGAAAAACAUUCAUAUAA